CCAGCAGUUUGUGCCGUGCCUGGAUGGUUUGUAAGGCCCCAGCUGAGCCCCCCCCUGUCCCCUGUGUGCCCCCAGGCCCUGAAGCAGCAGCAGCAGAAGCAGCAGCAGCAGCAAUGCCGGGCGGGAAUGCCCGUGUCCUCCUCUAACCAGCACGUCCUGCUCAAGGCCGUCAAGGCGGGCGGGGAUUCCGCUCCAGGUUGGGAAGGGAAGCAGGCAGAGGGGCAGUCCAGCAGCCCCCAGAACUCCACCUCCAGCUCCUCUCCCUCUGUGAAGCUCGAGAACUCCCUGCCAGGGCUGGGCAAGAAGCCCUUCCAGAGAUCCGACAGGCUCCAUGCAAGGCAGCUCAAGAGGGCCAAGUGCGCCGAGAUCGACGUGGAGACGCCCGACUCGAUCCUGGUGAACACGAACCUGCGGGCGCUGAUCAACAAACACACCUUCUCCCUGCUGCCCCCCGAGUGCCAGCAGCGCCUGCUGCUCCUGCUGCCAGAGGUCGACAGGCAG